CACGACUCAGCCCGCGGGGACUCGAUCCGGCCUGGGCGAGUCGCGCUACGCGUCUGCAGACAGUUGACGACCCCCAUCGUGAGUCCCGAGGCCCGCACCUGCCUCACCUGCCGCACCUGCGCCCGCGCCUGUGCCCGGCUCCAGCAUGGCGGACCAAGCACCCUUCGACACGGAUAUCAGCACCCUGACCCGCUUCGUCAUGGAGGAGGGCAGGAAGGCUCGCGGCACGGGCGAGAUGACGCAGCUUCUCAACUCGCUCUGUACCGCGGUCAAAGCCAUCUCCUCCGCGGUGCGCAAGGCGGGCAUCGCGCAUCUCUAUGGCAUUGCUGGCUCCACCAAUGUGACAGGGGACCAAGUGAAGAAACUGGAUGUCCUCUCCAAUGACCUGGUUAUGAACAUGCUGAAGUCGUCGUUUUCCACUUGUGUGCUUGUGUCUGAAGAGGAUAAACAUGCCAUAAUAGUAGAACCAGAGAAGAGGGGCAAAUAUGUGGUCUGCUUUGAUCCCCUUGAUGGCUCUUCCAACAUCGACUGUCUUGUGUCCAUUGGAACAAUUUUUGGCAUCUAUAAAAAGAAAUCCACUGAUGAGCCUUCUGAGAAGGACGCUCUGCAGUCAGGCCGGAACCUGGUGGCGGCUGGCUAUGCACUCUAUGGCAGUGCCACCAUGUUGGUCCUUGCCAUGGACUGUGGUGUCAACUGCUUCAUGCUGGACCCGGCUAUUGGUGAAUUCAUUUUGGUGGACAAGAAUGUGAAGAUCAAGAAGAAAGGGAACAUCUACAGCCUCAAUGAAGGCUAUGCCAAAGACUUUGACCCCGCAGUUGCUGAGUAUGUGCAGAGGAAGAAGUUCCCACCAGACAACUCAGCUCCAUAUGGUGCCCGGUACGUGGGGUCCAUGGUAGCUGAUGUUCACCGCACUCUGGUGUAUGGAGGGAUCUUCUUAUACCCUGCCAACAAGAAAAGCCCCAAUGGAAAGCUGAGGCUAUUGUAUGAAUGUAAUCCAAUGGCCUACGUGAUGGAGAAGGCAGGAGGACUGGCUACCACUGGGAAGGAAGCUAUAUUAGACAUCGUUCCCACUGACAUCCACCAGAGGGCACCAGUCAUCAUGGGGUCCCCUGAUGAUGUGAAGGAAUUCAUGGAGAUCUAUAAGAAGCACUCUGGCAAAUGAAGAGCUGGCCUUGCCCUCGCCCCUGGUAUUGUCUUUUAUCUGGACUGCUGGUCUUGUGUGGCACCACCCCAUUCUGACUGCAGUGUGCAUUUCUAAACAGCAGACAUAACGGUGUGCGUAGUUUCACAGUCCAGUGCUUUGGUAAUGCCCAGGGCAGUCUAACCCACAUGCUGUCUUGGUAAUGCUGGUGAGCAAGAAAUCUACUUUGAGUAGAUGAAGGAGAAAUAAACAUAUUUUUCCUUUUUUAAAAAAAAAACUUCAUUGCUUUGUGCCACAUAAUAAUAAGGAAUACAUACAGUAUAAGACAACUCAUUAAUCUUCACAACAAUUUUUACAUUGAAUAUUGAGAAUAAUCUAUUUUAUCAGUGAUGAAUAGAGAGCUGAGAGUUAAAAUCUGCCUAUGGUCUCCAGGCAAUGAGUAGCAGAGCUAGUGUAAGAGCCUAGGUGUCCUGGCCACUGAAUUCUGAGUUAAUACAUCACCUCUCCUACAUGUGAUCCCAUUCAGGUCCAGCUGUGCAGAGCCAACUAGAAGAAGAGUGUUUUUGGUUCUCUAGAAGUCAGGGCCUCUCUGUUAAAGGUGGUAGCAUCUUAGCCUCUCUCACAUGGCUGUCACCACCCGAGUCAUGGAUGAAAGUUUACAUUACUACCACUGGUGAUUUUUCUAUAGAAGCACAGUCUUUUGAAUAACAGAGCCUAAUAGUUCCUAGGAUCUAGUUCCCACAACGAAAAAGACUGACCCUAAGAACAAAAGUUAAGGAACUAGAAUUUAUGUACAUGUCUCACCAAGCUCCAUUUACAAAUAGGCCAUGCUUUAGAUAACCUUGGUUAGUUCUGGGGUAUGGCACCUAAUGCGGGGCCAAGGAGACAGCUCAGUUGGGAAAGUGUUUGCCAUGAAGCAUGAGGAACUGAGUUUGAUCCCAGAACUCAUGUAAAAAAAUAUCUAGGUGUGGUGGUGGAUACCUAUAGUCCCAGCGCUGGGGAGGUAGAGACAGGUGGAUCCCUGUGGCUCUCUCAUCAUCAAGUCUAGCCUAAUUGAUGGGUUUCAGGCCAAUGACUCUGUCUGCAAAAAAGGUAUACAGUGACACCUGAAGACUUCCUUUGGCCUCAACACACAUGUAAACAUAGGUGCAUGCGUGUCCUUAUACACAUGCACCGCUCUGCAUAUGCACAUUCACAGCCCCCGUGCCACCUAUGUCCCUUCAUGUGGAGAACAAUCCUCACCCCAGCGCCAUGAUGAAGCAAGCAGAAGAGCACAGAGAUCCCUGCCCCCUGCUUCUGACUGUGUGUUCUGCGUGGUGUCUUGAUUGACAGGUGGUUUACCUGAUGGAACAUCGCCAUUAAACCCUUAUUUGUAUUCCA